AGCGUGAGUUUCAACUUCUUUUCUAUCUUUCUAGCCUAUACUACAGAGUGUGGACUAGAUUUCUAGCUUUAAGUAAGGAGUUCCUUUUGGUAACAGUGAUUGUCAUUGUCUACCUACCUGCUACGUCUAUUAUCCAAGAAAGCUACAUAUCAUUUAUGGUCUAUUCUCUAAACUAACCGCAUAUUCACUCACAUAGAUUUAAUUAUUCCUUCUUUUGUUUCAAACAAACCUUACGGAUUGAAUUUGUAGUCUUAAGUGCUCAAAGCAUGAUCGUUUACGCUCAAAUGUGUUGUGUUAAACCAAUAACAUAAAAACAUGUAAUCUCUCCUUAUCUUAGCAAGAACAAGAAACACGGCUCCCCGAUUUGGUUGGGACAUCAAAUGAUAAAAAAAGACAUACAAAUAAAGACACGCUUUUCAAUUCCAAAUCUAAGAUAUAUUAUUCAGCAAAAAAUAAAACAAACCUACAAUAUUACAUUAUUACUAAAAAUUACACUAAUUAUUAAUUAUUAUGUUUCUAUUUUUUAUUUAAAAAAAAAUGAAAAGAAAAGAAAACAUGCGCAUGAGAAUCUGAGGAGAUAGCAUUACUGUCUUUUUUUUUUUUUUUUUUUUGGCUAACUCAAUAUUACUGUUAUUAAAAUUGUAUUUAUGUUCACGUUUGGUCUGGUCUGGACUGCUCCUCAAGCCUCAAGCGAAGAAGAGUAAAGAGAAAAACAGAUGGAAGCUCAGCUGAAGAUGAUGAUGAUGAUGGUGUCGAUUGCAGCACUGUUGGCACUCUCUGCGGCUGGGAAUGCCUCUGCUCUCACUGAAUCACACCAAGAAAGAGUCUUUUCUCUGUUUGACGAGGAUGGCUCCUCCGCCGCAGCUCAACAACAGCCUCAGCCUCUCAUGGUUCCCCUCACUCUUAUCUCCUCUGCUGCUUCUACUGGAGCUGUGUGCUUGGAUGGAACACUGCCCGGUUACCAUAUUCACCCAGGCUCCGGAUCGGGAGCAAACAGCUGGCUCAUUCAGUUGGAGGGAGGAGGGUGGUGUAAUACAAUCCGAAGUUGUGUUUAUCGUAAAACUACUCGCCGUGGUUCAUCAAAAUUUAUGGAAAAACAACUGCCUUUCACCGGAAUAUUGAGCAAUAAACCUGAAGAAAAUCCUGAUUUUUUUAACUGGAACCGAGUCAAGCUACGUUACUGUGAUGGGGCAUCUUUUAGUGGAGACUCAAAGAAUGAGGCUUCUCAACUUAAUUUCAGAGGACAAAGGAUAUGGUUGGCUGCCAUUCAAGAGUUAUUCUCAAAAGGGAUGAAGAAUGCUCAACAGACUCUUCUAUCUGGAUGCUCUGCUGGGGGUCUGGCCUCCAUACUACAUUGUGACGAGUUCCGGAGCUUCUUCCCCAAAACUACCAAAGUGAAAUGUUUAAGUGAUGCUGGAUUCUUCCUAGAUGCAACUGAUGUAUCUGGUGGGCACACCAUGAGAAAUUUGUAUAAAGGCGUGGUUUCCUUGCAGGGAAUACAAAAGAAUUUGUCAGGAAGCUGUACCAACCACCUGGAUCCCACCUCGUGUUUCUUCCCUCAAAAUUUGGUUGCAAAUAUCCAGACUCCAAUGUUUCUAUUAAAUGCUGCUUAUGAUGCAUGGCAGCUCCAAGCUAGUUUAGCUCCCCCAUCAGCUGAUCCUAGCGGUUCAUGGAACGAAUGUAAAUUAAAUCAUGCACAUUGUAAUGCAUCCCAAAUCCAGUUUCUUCAAGACUUCAGAAAUGAAAUGAUUAGUGCCAUUAAAGGUUUCUCAUUGUCCAGUCAAAAUGGAUUAUUCAUAAAUUCCUGUUUUGCCCACUGCCAAUCUGAGAGACAAGAUACAUGGUUUGCGGACAAUUCCCCUGUUCUCGGAAACAAGGCAAUUGCGGUGUCUGUUGGAGACUGGUACUUCGAUAGAGAAAAGGUUAAAGAAAUUGAUUGUCCAUAUCCAUGUGACAACACCUGCCACAAUCUUGUGUUUAACAAUGAAGAUUCAUCCCCCAUUCCCAAUCUCAUGGUCUAUGAAUCUAAGUCCACAAGAUUAACAACAUUUAUCCCCCAAAAUCUGUCAUCUUUGGCUUCCAUGACGCCUCUAAUAUGUUUUCAUUGCAUCAUUCUAUUAUGUUGUCAGGGUUUUCGGAUGAGUAAAUCAAUGCUAUUGUCCUAUGGCCUCGCAUUGAUUUUAUUUUCAUACAAUUUCCUGCAGUCCAGAGCAUGAUUUUUGUAAAACGCACUUAAUUUGUAACUUUGUUCGAUCAGUGUAACAUGUCUUGGUAAUGCAUUCUUAACGUAAAAUUUAGAUAGAGGGUUUACUA